GAACAGCAUCUCCUUUCCUUCCACGCAAACUGGGACGGACGCCGGUUGACUUGUGAGAGUAAAUUGUCCCUCCCGGCCAUUUUGCGUUUCAAAGUUGUUUUUCUCUGUGUGUGGAUUGCGCUAGCUGGGUUUUUCCUCGCAACCCAACAACCUGGCCGUCGAGCAGAAGAUAACCGGGCACAAAGUGAUCACUAUCUGCAUGGAUACGACCUUGAGACAAAAAAUCCAAGUGGAUGUGUGUGUGUGUGUGUGGAUGUGAUUUGAGAUUCACCGGAAACAAUUAGAACGUUUGAAACGCGCUCCAGCCAGCAGUUUAAAGAGCUCCAGUGGCGGCUGGUGGUGCGUCCUGCGAGGAUUUUGAUCGUCGCCCACUUGCGAAAGAAGCCAAUUCUCCUGUAGGAUUCGAAGAAAUCCGGCGGAAGGUUGUUGAUCUGUUUUUUGGCUCUGAAAAAAACAAAACAAAAACAGACUUUAUUCAACCGCUAAAAUGGGCAAAAAGUCGAAAGCGACGAAAUCCAAGGAUCUGAACAAUUUGAAGCAAGAGUUGGAGAUUGACGACCACAAAAUCCCAAUUGCUGAACUCUACAGACGACACAACGUUAAUCCGGAGACCGGUUUGACGUCUGCGCAGGCCAAGGCCAACUUGGAGCGCGAUGGGCCUAAUUGCCUCACUCCUCCCAAAACGACGCCGGAAUGGGUCAAAUUUUGCAAGCAGCUCUUUGGUGGCUUCUCAAUGCUCUUGUGGGUGGGUGCCAUCCUCUGUUACGUCGCCUACGCCAUUGAGUACAGCCAGAACCCCGACAUCCUAGGAGACAACUUGUACCUCGGCAUUGUAUUGACGACCGUCGUCGUUGUUACCGGAUGCUUCUCUUACUACCAGGAGAGCAAGAGCUCCAAGAUUAUGGAAUCCUUCAAGAAUUUGGUUCCCCAAUCGGCCCUUGUCAUCCGUGAUGGCCAAAAGCAGACAGUCAAAGCCGAGGAAGUCUGCCGCGGUGAUAUCGUUGAAGUCAAAUUCGGCGAUCGUAUUCCGGCCGAUAUUCGUGUCAUCGAGGCCCGCCAGUUCAAAGUCGACAACUCUUCAUUGACUGGAGAAUCUGAGCCUCAGAGCCGAUCUCCCGAAUUCACUCACGACAACCCGCUGGAAACCAAAAACUUGGCUUUCUUCUCCACCAACGCCGUCGAAGGUACUGCCAAAGGUAUUAUUAUCAGCAUCGGUGACAACACAGUGAUGGGUCGCAUCGCUGGAUUGGCUUCCGGCUUGAGCUCUGGACAGACGCCCAUCGCCAAGGAGAUUGAGCAUUUCAUUCACAUCAUUACGGGAGUGGCCGUCUUCUUGGGAGUUUCCUUUUUCAUCAUCGCUCUCGCUCUCGGCUACAACUGGCUCGAUGCCGUCAUCUUUUUAAUCGGCAUCAUCGUCGCUAACGUACCCGAGGGUCUGCUCGCCACCGUCACCGUCUGUUUGACCCUGACGGCCAAGCGCAUGGCCAAGAAGAAUUGCUUGGUCAAGAAUUUGGAGGCUGUCGAAACCCUUGGAUCCACGUCGACCAUCUGCUCAGAUAAGACUGGAACCUUGACACAGAACCGAAUGACCGUUGCCCAUAUGUGGUUCGAUGGCCAAAUUAUCGAAGCCGAUACCAGCGAAAACCAAUCCGGUGCCCAAUACGACAAGACCAGUUUGGGAUGGAAGGCCUUGUGCCGCGUCGCUUGCCUGUGCAGCCGAGCCGAAUUCAAAAUGGGCCAACAGAGCAUGCCCGUUUUGAAACGCGAAGUCAAUGGUGACGCCUCUGAGGCCGCCCUGUUGAAAUGCGUUGAAUUGGCCACCGGUGACGCCAUGAACAUUCGCGGACGAAACAAGAAAGUCUGUGAAAUCCCGUUCAACUCGUCCAACAAGUACCAGGUGUCGAUCCACGAGAACGAAGACAAGAACGACGGCCGCUACUUCAUGGCCAUGAAGGGAGCUCCCGAGCGCAUUCUCGAUCUCUGCUCGACCAUUUUCAUUAAUGGGCAAGAGAAGGUGUUGGACAACGAACUGAAGGACGCUUUCAACACGGCUUACAUGAGCCUGGGAGGUCUCGGCGAGCGAGUCCUCGGCUUCUGCGAUUUCCACUUGCCACUGGACCAGUUCCCCAAAGGCUUCAAAUUCGACGCCGAUGAAGUCAAUUUCCCCAUCAACGGAAUGCGAUUCGUCGGACUCAUGUCCAUGAUCGAUCCCCCACGUGCCGCCGUACCCGAUGCCGUCGCCAAGUGCCGCUCCGCCGGAAUUAAAGUUAUUAUGGUUACCGGUGACCACCCCAUCACUGCCAAAGCUAUUGCCCGAUCUGUCGGUAUCAUUUCCGAGGAGAGUGAAACCGUCGAAGAUAUUGCCGAGCGUCUCAACAUUCCCGUCGACCGUGUCAACCCGAGAGACGCCAAGGCCGCCGUCGUCCACGGUGGUGAAUUGCGUGAUUUGACCCCGGCCCAACUCGACGACAUCCUUCGCUACCACACGGAGAUUGUCUUUGCCCGCACGUCACCUCAACAGAAACUCAUCAUCGUCGAGGGUUGCCAACGUGGAGGAGCUAUUGUGGCCGUCACCGGUGACGGUGUCAACGAUUCGCCCGCUUUGAAGAAAGCCGAUAUCGGUGUUGCCAUGGGUAUUGCCGGUUCCGAUGUCUCCAAACAGGCCGCUGACAUGAUCUUGUUGGACGACAACUUCGCUUCCAUCGUUACCGGUGUUGAAGAGGGUCGUCUGAUUUUCGACAAUUUGAAGAAGUCCAUCGCCUACACCCUGACAUCCAACAUUCCUGAGAUUUCCCCCUUUUUGAUGUUCAUUCUGCUUGAUAUCCCUCUUCCUCUUGGAACUGUCACCAUCUUGUGUAUCGAUUUGGGUACCGACAUGGUACCGGCCAUCUCUCUUGCCUACGAAGAAUCCGAAUCCGACAUCAUGAAGCGUCGCCCUCGUAAUCCAUUCACUGACAAACUCGUCAACGAAAGAUUGAUUUCCAUGGCUUACGGUCAAAUUGGUAUGAUGCAAGCUUCGGCCGGUUUCUUCACCUAUCUUGUCAUUAUGGCCGAAAACGGAUUCAAGCCCGACCUGCUGUUGGGUAUCCGUAAGCGAUGGGAUUCCCGAUCCGUCAACGAUCUCGAAGAUUCCUACGGACAGGAAUGGACGUACGAUGCCCGCAAGCAACUCGAGUACACCUGCCACACUGCCUUCUUCGUAUCGAUCGUUAUUGUGCAAUGGGCCGAUUUGCUCAUUUGCAAAACCAGACGCAACUCACUCUUCCAGCAAGGCAUGCGCAAUCACGUCCUCACCUUCGGUCUCUUUUUCGAGACGGCCGUCGCCUGCUUCCUUUGCUACACGCCCGGCAUGGACAAGGGUCUUCGCAUGUACCCGCUCAAGAUCAACUGGUGGGGCCCGGCUCUUCCGUUCUCUCUCCUCAUCUUCAUCUACGAUGAAAUUCGCAAGUUUAUUCUUCGUAACAAUCCCGGUGGAUGGAUUGAAAGAGAGACUUAUUAUUAGAGAUCAAAUAACAUACAUAAAUCUAAAUGCACAGUGCCUAUAUUUAAUAUUGGUUCAGUAUAGGAACGAGCAAAAAUACAUUAGUUCAAUCGUU